UUCUUCCAUCGCAUCGGAUCGGAUCGGAUCGGAUAUAUGAGCCGUCGAAUUCACCGACGCCGACGACUCCGACCGCGGGUGAAGAGGGAGAGAGCUAGCAACCGCGCCGCCGCGAAGGCAGAUGCUGUACAUCGUGGGCCUGGGGCUCGGCGGCGACCGCGGCGUCACGGUGCGGGGGCUCGACGCCGUCCACCGCUGCGCCAGGGUCUACAUGGAGGCCCGCACCGCCCUCCUCACCCUUGGCGUCGACGGCGACCCUUCCAGCAGGCUCGCCAGGCUCGAGAUGCUGUACGGGAAUGAGGUCACCGUCGCCGUCCGGGAGAUCGUGGAGGAAGAGAGCGGCGACCAGAUUCUGCGCGAGGCCACCGGCGCCGACAUCGCCUUCCUCGUCGUCGGCCACCCCUUCGGUUCCGACGAGCCCUCCAGCAAGACCACACACACUGAUCUAGUUGUUCGAGCCAAGAAGCUGGGGAUCGAGGUGAAGGUGAUCGACAGCGCGUCCGUCCUGAACGCCGUUGGGGCCUGUGGGCUGGAACUCCACCGCUACGGGGAGGCCAUCACCAUACCGUUCUUUACAGAGACAUGCAAGCGAGAUCAUUUCUACCAGGCGAUUGUGAACAACCGCUGGCUCGGCCUUCACACGCUUUGCCUACUAGAUAUUUAUGCAAAGGAGCCAAUAUUAUCCGAGUCUUUGAGAAGAGGAAAUAAAGUGUACGAACCACCAAGAUUCAUGACCGUGAACACUGCAAUCAGCCAGCUUCUGGAGGUGUUAGAAAUGCGUGGGGAACCAGAGCCGGCGUAUGAUGAGGAUUCGCUAUGCAUAGGCCUGGCUCGCCUUGGAAGUGAUGAUGAGAAGAUCGUCGCUGGCCCUAUGAGGAAACUCGUCGAUGUAGAUUUUGGCGCACCCCCUCACUGCCUCGUCAUAGUGGGGGAGACCACUACAGUGGAAGAAGAGAUGCUAGAAUUUUACAUGAUCAGGUCGUAGCCAGCGAUCUACAACCUACACUGUUUCAACUUACUAGUGUGGAAACGAAUUAUUUCUCCAGUCAAGUUCUCUCUUCGGAAAAUUGCAACGUUCCAUCUCAAUCUGGUGUAGUUUUAUUUUCGCUUA